GUGAAAUUUACUGCUGAUUAUAAUAGUGAGCAUUUGGCAUUAUUUGAAUGGUUUGAUUGUUGGGUGUUAAUGUACGUGAAACAGAAGUGCAAAUCUUCGCAAUGGAAGAGUAGAAGAAUCCAGGUAGCAGCUAUAGAACGUUGAAGAAGCAGCCUUCUAUGGAAACAAAAGCAAGGGUAUAAAAGGAUCUUGGGUCAGAUGUCACCGGUUUCAUGCUGGUAAGGCCAUCCAUAGUCUGUUCAUCACCUUUUUGAAUUUUUUACUCAAGUUAAAAAACAAGGAGUUUACAAUAAUGUAAUUGCAAAUCAACAUUGGAAAAAAAUCUAUGAUGAACUGGGAGGUCAUCAAGGAAGUACUAGUGCAGCUACAUACACAAUGCAUCAUUAUGACAGCGUUAAUGUUACUUUUAAUUUGGUAAUGAAACUUAAUGUAGUUCAGAUAUGUAAUUUUUCUAAUUCUUAUUAUGACAACUUACAUACUUUAUUAAUCAUGACUUUUGACACUAACCAUUUUUAUAUGCACCAUACUAUUCAUCACUUACCAUUUGUAGAUGACUAUCCCAACAAUUAUUUUUUUAUCUCAUUUUCUUCCCUCUGUUUGAUUUAUGUAGCUUUGACUGUAGAUUCUGAAGAUGUAGUUGAUAUUCUAAAUUCAUGUUCAAAGAAGUUGUACAGAGAUCAAAAGUCAUUGUUGUUAUUAGAAUAUAUUCAUUAUUGUUAUGAAAUGGGCAAUUUUUUACCUACUUCAAUGAACUUUAGACCUUAUGCUUUAAAGGAAAUAAUGGCAAAGUAA